AUGCGCCCCUUGAAAAGUGGAAGAUCUGGAGUUGCAUUGAGAAGGUUAUAUUUCACCCUGGACUUGCAGCAGUAUACGGGUGGAAGUCUACAGCAGACCCACAGGUGCUUUGUGGUAGCUCUUUGUGCAUUUCUGUAUAGCUCUCUUCCUGUUUCAAGUAAUUUGGUGGUCUUGACGAAGACUGCAGUCUCAGCGGACAGCAGCCAUGCAAUUACAUUACCAUGCUGGCUCAAUCCAUCACAAAGUGCAGAGAAUCUGGAGGUACGUUGGUACCUUGGUGAUAACUUUGAUGCCCCAAUCAUGUUCUACCGGGCAAAACAGUUUGAAGUGACACCGUACCAGGGCAGAGUGGAGUUUGGCUUAAAGGAUGCUGCAUCUGGCGGGCUGAAGACAGGUGAUGUGAGCCUGAAACUGUUAAGUGCCACACUUAAGGACGAAGGAGACUACACUUGUUACGUCAGCGGCGAUCAGGGUUAUGACAAUGCAAAGGUCAAACUCACUGUGACUAAAACGGGAGACCCCCCUAUUCUGUCAGUAGUGAAGGAAGGUAAAAUGGCGAAUGUGAGCUGUGACUCUGAAGGCUGGCAUCCAGAGCCACGGCUGCGCUGGUCGGUCCAAAAACAGGAUCUGACCCCCAAAGGCCUGCAGCACAGCCUAGGUUCUUCAGGUCUUCAGUCAGUCCACAGCUGGAUUCUUGUCCCCUACUCCUCUGACGUUUCCUGCUUAGUAGGACUCUCUGAUGAAGGGGCAAAAGAGGCAAGACUGCUCCUGGUACCUCCUCAGGAAGAGGAGCCAGGAUCCUCAGUAGUGGGGGGCUGGGUGGCCUUUGGUGUUGUCCUGAUUCUCCUGAUUGCUGUGUUAGCUUCACUUGGACUGUUGUACUUCAGAAAGAGAAUUCUGUUUUUGGGAAAGACAGACAAACCAGGGAGUGAUGAAGAGAAUCGGGAACUUCUACCAAAAGAUGUGGUCCAGUCAACAGAUCUGUCAAGAUUUAUCAAUUCUUAUGUAAAUGUUAAACUUGAGGGGACAGGAAGCCCAUAUCUCACAAUCAAGGAUGGUAAACUGAGAGACGUAACGGGUAAAUUUCCUGCUGAACAAAAGGUUACCUGUCUCACUGCAAUUAAAGGAACACCUGGCUUUUCUUCUGGACAGAAGUACUGGGAGGUUUCUUUGGGGAACAAUGAAGUGGGGACUAAAAAGUCCUGGUGGGUCGGGGUUACAAGUGCUGCUAACAUCCCUCGUGAGCCUGAAGUUCCCAUAACUGCAUCUAAUGGUUUCUGGUUCCUGUCCUCUUCUCCUGACAGAGAAGACAGCUUGCAGAUUAGUGCAGAAACAAAUGUAUUGGUCCUGGUCUCUUCGAGACCUCAGACGGUUGGCGUGUUUGUGAAUUAUGACAGCGGAGAGCUUUCCUUUUAUGAUGUGGAACGUCAGUGUCUCAUUGCCAGUGUAACAACUUCAUUCAGAGGUGAAGUCUUUCCCUUUUUCAAUCCUGGUAUAGGUGACGCAGCACCUAUGGAGAUACUGCAGAAACCAGUACCGCAUCAAUCUAGUGACAUGACAAACUCUGGAUGAAACACCACUUUCUUAAAACACUAUGGAAAGGCAGUAAGAUGAUAACAAUCAGGAUCUGUUGUUUAUUUCAGCUCUGUACUUUUAUCCUGUGCUGAGGGAGAAAAAACGUUCCAAAUUUAGCCUUUACAUUAUUCUGUUCAAGAAAAUUAAUCACCCACCCAUCGUUUAUAAAAUAUCAGUAGUUACGUUAAAGCUAAAAUGUUAAUGGUGACACUAUCUCAAACUCCAUACCAAUGCAUGAUCAGGUCAUUUGAAACUCAAUUGCUGUAGAUCUACUAUUAAGUGUAUUUUAGACAGUCUUGACAUCAUAACUACAAUCCUAAUAUUAACAUAAUUUUAUUGUCAUUUAGCCUUUAUUGUAAUUGUACUUUUGCUUUGUAAUUGUUAUUUG